GUGCGCAUGCGUCGAAGACGGAAUUUGAAAAAAGAGUUCUCGCAGCAAGACGCAGAAUUCAGAAUCAUCAAAUUUGGGAACUGAUUUUGUUUUUAUUGGCUCAUUGUUUGCUGUUUCAGGUUAUCGCCAUGGCUAGUGUUUUGGAGGAUCCCACCUUGGAGAGAAACUACAAAGGUCAUAGAGACACCAUAACAUGUGUGGACUUCAACCCAAACAUGAAGCAGCUCGCCUCUGGGGCCAUGGACUCGUGUCUUAUGGUGUGGAACUUCAAGGCUCAGAUGAGGGCUUUCAGGUUUGUGGGUCACAAGGAUGCUGUCCUCUCUGUCAAUUUCUCUCCGUCAGGGCAUCUUGUAGCAUCCUCGUCAAGAGAUAAAACAGUCAGACUUUGGAUUCCUAGUGUGAAAGGAGAAUCUACUGUUUAUAAAGCUCACACAGCCACGGUCCGCAGUGUCCAGUUCUCUAAUGAUGGUCAGCAUCUACUCACUGCUUCAGAUGAUAAGACAGUCAAGGUGUGGACAGUUCACAGACAGAGGUUCCAGUUCUCCCUGACUCAGCAUAGUAACUGGGUGCGAUGUGCCAAGUGGUCACCAGAUGGUCGACUGAUAGUAUCUUGCAGUGAUGAUAAGACAGUCAAGGUGUGGGAUAGGACCAGCAAGGAAUGCAUACAUACAUUCUUUGAACAUGGAGGGUUUGCUCAUUCAGUAGCAUUUCAUCCCAGUGGCACUUGUAUCGCUGCAGCCGGUACAGAUAAUACAGUCAAGGUGUGGGACAUCAGAAUGAACAAAUUAUUACAGCAUUACCAAGCACACAGUGGAGCAGUGAAUAGCCUGUCUUUCCAUCCGAGUGGGAACUACCUGAUCAGUGCUUCCAACGACUCUACACUCAAGAUUCUUGAUCUCCUGGAAGGUCGUCUCUUUUACACCCUUCACGGCCAUCAGGGACCAGUAACAGCUGUAGGCUUUUCAAGAAAUGGAGAGCACUUUGCAUCCGGAGGAGGAGAUGAACAGGUUUUAGUAUGGAAGACCAACUUUGACAAGAUCGACUACAACGAGGUACUCCAGAGCCACCGAGCACGCUCCCAGACCCAGCCACCCCCACAUAUACACGAUAUCCAUCCCAGGUCUCCUCACCACCAGCACCAGCACCAUGGUGGUGGGGCAACCCGUCAGACUACCGGUAGUACCGACAUUAAUGCCCAGUCGGAGCUGAGAAACACUGUGACUGCCCCACCAGACGUCAUGAACCUAGGCCCGGCACUCUUUUCACAGAAUGGGGCGAUGGGACAGUCCAGCAGUCGAGCCGCUCCGUCUGGACUCCAUGAACUUAAUAUCACUUCCAGCGACCAUGAGAGGCGAGGUAUGGUGAAUGGGAUGGGGGCAACAUCACACCUCUCCUCUCCUCCAUCCACGGUACCCUUGGAGGUGAAGGAGAUCCCUCCAGGGCUGGCCCAAACUCUGGAGAACAUGGUGGGCCAAUUGGAUGUACUCACACAGACUGUAAACAUUCUUGAACAGAGAUUAACGAUGACUGAAAACAAGCUACGUGAAGUCCUUGAUAACCAGCAGAAGAUCACGCUACAAGUCAGACCAACCUAAUGAGAUCUUCUUUCAUAAAAGGAUGCAUUCUUAUCACCAAGCUUGGGUUACAAGAGUGGUGAGAAGAGGACUGUAGGGUGUGGCAAGUGUCUCAAGGCUGACCUUUUUUCAGAGUUCCCCGCUCUCCUAGAAAAAGGGAAAUCUAGAAAAAGAGUUCUCUGUUUUCAUUGAGGGAAGAUUCCAAUAAUUUGAAGGAAAAAACUCUCCAAAAAAAGGACAAAAUCAGGGAAUUUCAAUGGCCCCCAAAGAAGUUGGUCAGCCUAGUAUACAUUGUCUUGUGUACCAACUGUCUAUCUAUCAAAUGACCGGCUACGGUGGAAUUUUAGUUUUUAAUGUGGCUACCAUAAUGAUCCUGAAAUUGAAUCUCCAUCAAAGAAAAAUCAUGAUAGUUUGUAUUCAUGAAAUGCUGGGGACUUCUGAUCGUGUUAAACAUAGAGCACCUAUUAGACAUGUGAGCCACAUAACUCUGUUCACCUGAAAAGAAAAUCAACAUCUAUAUUCCUGUGGAAAAGAAAAGCCAUCUC